AUGUCACCUCCGUACAUCCUACUGCUAGUAUCUCCGCUUACCUUUCACUUCCUCCCAGUAUCGCCGCCGGCGUUCCUGCAUCACGUCAAGAUCGGCGAUGUUAAAGUUUCGGUGCGGAGAGUGAGAGACGCCGCAACGAAAGCGCAAAUACUAUGCGUUAUGGGCUCCUUUAUUAUGAACGGCACCAAGAUGGCCUUCAUUGCCAUGUGA